AAAAGGUAAAGCUGCAUCGAUAAGAAAUGAUCUGCCCUAAAUGAUACUCUAUUGCAACGUCUAUCAACGGAGACAGGUACGAUAGUCAACGUGCCACAAAUAUACUGCAUAUGUACCUCAAAACCACCAAGACUACCCUACCUUACCCUACAUCACAUACAAGAAAACUGGACAAAAGACGAAAUGCAAGCAUCUGUUGCAGGGCUGAUUGCAUGUACGUAAAAAUAUCUCUUUCUGCUCUCUUUUCCCAUUUCUUUUCCAUUUCAAGCCAGACAGACGGACUCCCAUACGCCGUUCGUUGCUCUUUUCUUUCAUUCUUUCAUUCUUAUUUCUUUUUCCUCCUUUCCGUUUUUUGGGGUUCGUUGGGUUCGGUCUUCGUAAGGUCCUAUCCAUUCCUUAUGAUGCUCAAUUUUUCGGGGCGAUCAUUGAUGAGGGCGCGUAUUGGUUGGGAUGUUGAUGCCUGCCAUUGCUAGAUGCGGAACCAGCCCUUGUAGGUAGGCUUCCAUCCAUACAACAUGACUUCAGUUCCCCUGGGUUGGCACAAGAAACCGGAUAUGGACUGGAAACAUAUCAUAUAUCCAGGAAAUGAAACGAUAUCAAGGGGGACAUGCUUUUUGUUGCGUGGCGAGAGAAAUAAACUGAAAAGAAAAAGAAUUUUGCACAAAUGAAAUAAAUGUUAAAAAGAGAAAUGGAAAGGUAUCGUUA